GCACUCGCGUAAGUGCGAGAUCAUUGUGUUGGAAAUAGUUGUUUCCCGUAGUGCCAUUGUGAAGGGUUCCUUUUUCCUUCAUCUUUUGUAAUCGAAAAGGAAAUUGGAUCACUGUUUUACUUUUGGGUGCGUGUUAGGAUCGAGUGAUUGAAAUCCAUCUUGGAUGCCGGUGCUUCCACGUGCUUCCAUGAUAUUUUGUACUCUCAGCCAGACAGAACACAAUUGUUUCGAAGGUGAGGCUCGAGGAAAUUUGGGGCCCAAAAUAGCUCGUCUGGGAAGUGAUAAAAUAAAAGCUGAAAAUGAAUAAAAAUAUGAUAUCUUGAAAGUCAGACGAGCCUUGCUCGAUCCUCUCAGCCAACGGUUUUUUUUCAAAGGAGUUCCUUUGACUCGAAAAAUCUCGAAUGGACGUCUUCCUUUCGUAGAACUUGUCAAAGCCUCCAAUGUAGUUAGUUUGGGAACGGUAUGGUACUUAAGGCCAAACGCGACGCUUCGUUGGCAAAAUAUGGAAUUCGAGAUCAGAGCCCAAUAAUACAGAAUGACGUAGUUCAAAGAAAAUGAACUGAAUUGUUGGCUCGGGGGGGGGAUGCAAAACAUUGGUGAACUAAUCAGGUCGGAUUGAAUUUUGGAUUCUUGGAUUCUUUUGAUGAACCCUGCAAGUCUAGGCAUGGAGCGCAAAAUAUGGGACUGACUUGAGGUGAAAAUAAUCCAUUCUAUUCGAUUUUUGAUCCAAUCUUGGGCGGCUCUUCUGACAUACGCCGAACCCCGACAGAAUCAUUGAAUGAAUUGGUAUGGUUUUUUACACUAUUACGUACGUUCGGACGAUUGUUCGCGUCUCAACCAUUUUGAGCCAAUCCAGAGAAGCACAAGAAAGUACCGUUAGUCAAAUCCUGGCCAUCAGUAAAGCCAAUAUAUUAGGAAGAAAUGUGAAGUGCUAAGGAUCCCAUUCCCAAUACCAGUAAGGAGUUUGCGGAAAAAAAAUGGAAAAACCAAGCAAAAUUGAGCCCUUAUUUUGGUCAUGAACCAAACCAUGCUCUCCUUCUUUACCUCGUGUGUGCUAUUGGCAUAUGUCUUGUGGUGGCGUGCAUUGUUGCAAUUGGAGGAUCAAAGCGAACUAGUAGAUCAUCGAUUGACGGUGGUGGGUAUAGGUUUCGAUGGAUCAUUCUGCACGGGAGACCAAAAGAAUAGCCACCAUUGAUAUCAGCUGUGCUUGGAUAGACAGACACAUGGUGUAUCACGUCCAGCAUCCUUUUCAUUAUUCAACCAUAAAGGUUUCGUUUGCUGCUUUUUUCGUUUCAGAGUCGAAGAGCCACCACUAGUAGAAAUGAUCCUCGGCCACGUCUCUGCUAAGAUUGACACUCCCGUCUUCCGUUUGAUCCUCCUCAUGGUCUGCAUCCAAUGCACUUUGCCUCACCUUCAAGUGCAAGGCUUCAAUCUCCAGGACCUGUUCCACCCGUUGGUCAGUGCCAAAAGAUUCCUUUUUCCAUCUCAGAUGACAUCUGAACUGCAUCAGUCACGAAUCGUCAAACGUUCCCCUGCGGACCCCGAAGACAAUGGAUCCCUGAUCUGGGAAUGCACUUUCCCACGGAGGGAAAUCCUUGCUCCUCGUACCAAUGGAAGUGGUACACCUCCUUUGCUUCCUCCUGCCACCCCUUCAUCUUUCCAACCACCAGAUCACAAUCUAUGCAACUUUACCUUGGAUGUGUCUCGCUAUGGACUUCGGGAAUGGAGUCCAGGAUCUGGCUUGGAGUCCCUCUGGAUGGGCGGUCCCAAAUCUGACGCCCAAGGUCAAAAAAACAGCAUCGCGCUACGUCUUUUAUGAUACCUCCAAGUUUUACGAGCGAAAUGAACCCCUCCAGGAUCGAGCUUGGAUCCUUUCCCCGUGGACCCCGCGUAGCCAAGUGAAAGGCAACUGUCUGAACUUUAAACAUGCUUCUCAAGGUCUGAACAUUGGCUCGCUCAAUCUGAUCCGUAUCGACUUGAUUGGCCUGAUUGGGAAAUCGGGUGGCGACACUGCCAUAAACGAAACAUCCGAUUUCCCUGCCUCCAAUCCCGAAGAAAGGACCAUUCAUGAGCUUUUAUCUGAUCUGGAUCUCAGUGAUGCCGUAUCUCAGGCAAACGAGCAACGUUGGGCUCGCUCCGCUUCAUUGAACAACUAUCAUUUCCGAACCAACCUGGUUUGGUCCUCAUCCGACAUGACUAAUGGGGUUUGGGAUCGAGUUCACUACUCGUAUGCCACGCCCUCAAAUCACGUCUUUGCUUGGGAGGUUCGCCCUGAUUUAGGCGGUGGAGCCGGGGACGUUCGUAACGUAUUCAACGGCUACGUGGCUAUCGACGAUAUCGUUCUUAAGGCGGGUGAAUGUGAAGAUGAAUGCAAUUUCAAUGCGGAUUUCUGCCAAUUCUCCAAUGACGAGAUGGAUGAUGACGAUUUCGACUGGAGCUUGUCCCGGGGCAGUCUCAAACCUGGAACAGGUCCAAUGAUGGACCAAAGUGCCACAACCUAUGGCACUAGAACUGGGGGUUAUGCUUACCUAGAUAGUGGCUUCCCACGGCGUCCGGGCGACACGGCUCGUUUGACGCACGGAAAGGCUAUUCUGAGCCCCUCUCAGAGGAAGCCUUUGUGUGUCUCAUUCUGGGUGAAUCUCUAUGGAAGCGGUCUGGGGUCCCUCAGGGUGUACGCGAGGCCAUUGGACCACGUGGGUCCCAGAUUGGAUCCGGAAUUUCUGAUGUGGGAAGUGGACCAUCCACCCUCUAGUCCCCGAGAUGUGUGGACCCAAGCCAAGUUCACACUCGCCAAUCUUGGGAACAUGACCAAGCUCGUGUUUGAAGGCGUGAUUGGGGAAGUUGACCGCUCUGAUAUCGCCAUCGACACCGUCCAGAUCCAGCCUGGACCCUGUCCGUUGUUUCCAGAGUCGGCUUAUCCGUUGCAAAAAGAAGCUAAAGGUCAUUUCUCGGCCGAUUGCACUUUCCGUUUGGGCCUUUGUCGGUGGAAGGCCGUCAACAUGGGCCGUGGGAAGCCGGAAAAGAUCGGCCAUCACUUGCCGUUGGUGGCUUUAUCAUCCAGAGACAACCAGGACAUUGAGUCGGCGGAGUCAAACCCGGAACCCGAAAUGCGGAGAAGGGGCGCCAAACCCGGAUAUCCCCGUCGGAAUGAGGACCAAUUUCGUCGGAAGCAAGCAGGCUCACGGGACUUGGCUCAGACCCAGGAAGAAGCUAUGGAGUCCCUUUGGCAGCGAGUGCGUGGAGGUGCGAAUUCCGUACCCCUGGGACAUACCAAGGUUGAGCGAGGAUCUGAAGAUGAUGGAGAUGAUUUUCUGAUGGUGUUCGAUACUCGCAACUACCAUCAUCGGCCCUUGGACUCGGCUUAUCUGUACAGCGAGGUCAUUACAGGAAAACCGAUGCUCACUUCUAACCCUGCCACCCACACUGAGGGCCACCCUUCAGUUCAGUCAUCAAACUCUACCCUCCUUGACCAGAACAUCGGCGAUGAAGAUCAUAAGGCCAAGGACCAGAAGGUGGGUUCCAAGUGCGUGGGCUUCUGGUUUCAAAUGAACGGGGCAAUUGCGACCAAUCCAUAUCUGGGCUCGCUAAAGGAGGUCGAGGGCAACUUCAGCAAUUUGCCCACCAGUAUCAUGGCCAAAACCGCUUUGUGGAGUCUGACCAAUAGUCAAGGGCCUUUCUGGCAAUAUGGACAGGCUCCGAUUUCACUCAGAAGUGGUGUUGACUCUCGGUUGGCUUUUCUCGGGAUUCGAGCCAACACCGUGAAUGGACAUAUCGCUAUCGAUGAUGUGGUGGUUUUCGACGGGCAGUGCCAAGUGCUUCCGAGUCGAGCUCUGACGGAUCCUCACGAUUGCGCUUUUGAUGAGGGCAACCUAUGCGGCUGGUUGGCGGUGAAUCCGGGAGGAACAUCGGGCGAGGAGCUCAGACCUCAGGACUGGCGGUUGGCCGAUGCCACUCACACGUUGCUCAACUUCAAAGACCACACCUUUGAGGUGGAGAAUGGUGGGUUCCUAUAUUUCGACACGGCCAAUAUUCAAAUUCUCACUUGGCUCGUGAGUGGAUCUAUCAUACCCAAACGAGAAUUCUGCUUCACCUUUUGGUUCCGAAGUGCAGCCGUUAACGGAGCUCAGCUAUCAGUGAAACGACAAUUCAAAAAUGGCACAUCCACUUUAAUAUGGCGUGUGAAACAUGACGAUCUCCCCAAUGCUUCCUUCCCUGAGGGUGUGUCACUUUUGCCAUGGAUUCCAGCCCAGGUUUACAUUGGUUCGGUCUCGGAAGCCACUUUGUUGAUUGUGGAGGGAAGCUCAAAAGAACGAGGGUUUGCCUUAGACGAUUUACGUCUGCUCCAAGACGAACCUGCCACCAAAUGCCCAACCCGUCCCGACUACCAAUCGGCUUCUGUUUCCCUCAUUAGGGACGAUCUCUUUUCUCGUCGGACUUCCAGAUCUUACCAAGAGGGGCUCCAUUCACUCAACCUCGUUUUGAGCAGGUUUGAGACGUUCAAACUGGACUGAGCAAGGAGAACCUUCCUGAUUACAAUGUGUUAUAAUUUGUCCAUUGGCUUUUUAGCAAACACUGUCACUAAAACCUGGACAAUCACGGAUAUUGCCUUUUUUAACUAGCUUUGCAGCGAAAGUCUAUGUAAUUCGGCAAUUUAUGUCUUUUGAAGCAGAAAAAGUGUUCUUGUUUGUAGGUUUUUUUAAAGAUUCUAAAAAACUGACUGUAAUACGAUUUCUGUUAAUAUGAUAUUAAUAACAUCUCUGGUUUCAUUGUUAUCAAAUGUGAUUUUGUUGCACCGUGUGUGUUUUUAUUAUCAUUAAUAUGUUCCCUAAGUUCAGAUUCCCUCGCAUUUGCCUUUCCAAACGUUUAGGAAGCAAUAUGUUGCCUCUCAAAUCUCAAUCCGUACGUCAAAGGGAGUAAGUGAGUCCGGCACACACUUAAAAGCUUAUGGUCG